AUGAUGAAUCUCGUAUUCCCGUCUCAUCUGGUCAAAAGCCGAACACGAUCAUCGAAUAUUCAAGUUUAUCACAAUCAACCGUUUCCAAUAGAAGAAAUUCUUGCUGUGCUCUAUCCACUCUUCGGACAAUACUACCCAUAUAAUGAUUUCAUACGAAUGAUAACUGAUAGUGAUCAUAUCUUUUGUUCAUAUGAUCGAAUUCAACGACGUUGCGUCGCCUGCGCAUUAGUCAAUAAUAAGGGUAGAAAAGGUGGACUCUACCUGAUGUUAUUCGGUGUACGACAAUCCAAUCAACAACGCGGAGUUGGUACGCAGUUAUUAAAAUCAGUCGUUCGUUGGGCACAUCAAAGCGGAUAUGCAUAUAUUUAUUUACAUGUGCAUGUUGAUAAUUAUAAAGCGAUUGGCCUGUAUGAAAAAGUAGGUUUUCGUCCUGAUGAAUAUUUACAGGACUAUUAUAGACAAACACCAAAGGAAAAUCCGCAUGCCUAUCGAAUGUUGCUACAAUUGCGAUAA